CCCUCGACUCGCGGCGCGAUUGCCACAUAAAGAUGCCGCGGCGCACAGGCUGCUCCAUCACGCCGCGCGCGCUCCUGUUCCAUCUCUGCACCUAGACGUGAUCAUCGCAGCGCGACACAUCUGACCCGCGGAGAGACCAGGCGCAUCGCAAUUCGCAUCGGCAUGGCGUCCGCGGCGGUGCCGGUGCCGGAGGUGGCCCUGCGGCCGGGCGGCGGCGCGCGGCCGAUGCCGGCGGUGGGCAUGGGCACGGCGUCGUUGCAGCCGGUGCCCGGGGCCACCAGGGACGCCGUGCUGGCGGCCAUCGAGCUGGGCUACCGCCACUUCGACACGGCCGCCAUGUACGGCACGGAGGGGCCGCUCGGCGAGGCCGUGGCCGAGGCCGUGCGCCGCGGGCUCCUCCGGUCCCGGGAGGAGGUGUUCGUCACCUCCAAGCUCUGGUGCACGCAGAGCCACCCGGACCUCGUCCUCCCCUCCCUCCGGGAGACCCUCAGGAGCCUGCAGAUGGAGUACCUGGACCUGUCCCUGAUCCACUGGCCGGUGGCCCUCAAGCCCGGGGUGCCGACUUUCCCCAGCAGGAAGGAGGACGCCGUGCCGUUCGACUUGGAGGGCGUGUGGCGGGCGAUGGAGGAGUGCCACCGGCUGGGGCUCGCCAGGGCCAUCGGCGUCAGCAACUUCACCACCAAGCACCUCGGCAGGGUCCUCGCCGCCGCCACCGUCCCGCCCGCGGUGAACCAGGUGGAGCUCAACCCGGCGUGGCAGCAGCGGACGCUGCGGGCGUACUGCGCCGACAAGGGCAUCCACGUCGCGGCGUACUCGCCGCUGGGGGGGCAGAACUGGGACGGCACGGGCAGCAACGCCGUGCUGGGGUCGGAGGUGCUCGCCGGGAUCGCCAAGGCGAGGGGGAAAUCCGUCGCGCAGGUGGCGUUGAGAUGGAUAUACGAGCAGGGCGUGACGUCCAUCGUCAAGAGCUACAACAAGGAGAGGCUCAGGCAAAACCUCGACAUCUUCGACUGGGAGCUGACCGACGACGACCGGCUCAAGAUCAGCCAGAUCCCACAGAAGAAGAUUGUCAGGGCUGAGGCUUUGUUCUCGCAGGAGGGUGAAUUCACGUCCGUUGAUCCAGCAGACCUGGAAAUCGUAGAGGAAUAGGGAAUAACGCGGCAUAUGGCUCCGCAGGCAUGAUGAACAUUUGAAUAAGCAGGCUUUUCCGGUCUUGAUCGUGUCGAUGCAGUAAUUUCUUCUUGUUAUGUCCUUGUAAAGUUGCGAUAUGGAACGUUUCGUCUCGGUGGUGAUAUACGAAUUUGAUUGGUUCUCUUUUUGUCCCCACUUCUACUGGCAACAGAAUCGACGGUGUUGGAGAACAACAGCACAGAAAGUGGAUGGUCGUAAUGGAAUCGAUGGGCAAUAAUAAUUUCUCAAA